AUGUCUGUUGUGGUGAAAAAAGAAAAUGAACAUCAGAGUUCCAACGGGACUAGUCUGUUCGAUAAAUACCACGGUAUCGAGUUGACCAUACGGAUUCUACUUAAUAGCCGAGAAGUUGGAAAUGUGAUUGGUAAAAGAGGUGAAACUGUAAAAAAUAUAAGAAACCAGUCUGGUGCUAAAGUAUUAAUCUCUAAUAGUUCAACUCCUGAACGUAUGGUUCUAAUUAUUGGAAAUAGAAUUGCAAUUUGUAAAGCUACUGAACUUAUUGGACUAAAAGUCGAAGAAUUUUUGGAAAGACUGAAUGGCAAUUGGAUUGGCCCCAAAACCCCUUUGACUCUUAAACUAAUUGUGCCAGCAUCUCAAUGUGGCUUCAUAAUUGGCAAAAAUGGAAAUAAAAUAAGGGAAAUUAGAGAUUCAAGUAGAGCUGCCAUACUAGUAGGAUCAAAUAUGUUACCCCAUUCAACUGAACGUCUAGUUUCAAUUACUGGCACUACAGGCACAAUAUCUCAUUGUGUUUAUCUAGUAUGCAAUGUACUAUUAAAUUCCCCACCACCGUGUUGUGAAUCAAUCCCUUAUAAUCCAUGUAAUGAAAUUGCAGUUUUUGAAACUUGUACAGUUAUUAAAGAUAUUGGAACAGAACGCAAUAUUCCUUUGACCAAUCUUGCAGCUCUUGGGUCAGGAACUGCAACAAAUGGAGGUGUCAAUCCAGCUGUUUUGGCUGCAUUAGCUGGAAGUCAGUUGAGAACAAGUAAUCGUCUAAACCAUAUUGUUAGUGGAGAACAAUCUGAUCAAAAUUCUAAUUCAAACAUUGAUAUAACAACAAUAAAUGUACCGAAUGGUUUAAUUGGAUGUAUCAUUGGUAGAAGAGGAAGUAAAAUUUCAAAAAUUCGACAAAUAAGUGGUGCUACAGUACAUAUACAUCAAUCUCAAGGAACUAUUGAAAAUGGUAAAAAAGUAGAUCGACGUAUUACAAUUACAGGAAGGAAAGAAUCUGUUUCAGUUGCCAAGUACUUAAUUGAAAUGAGUAUGGUAUUGCAAAAAGCCAAUCUUGGGGAAGUUAAAUUAUCCACUGUUCCUGACAAUGGUUCCAUCUCAACUUCGGUCACUCCAACUGUGGCUCAACUAUUUGCCAAGCUGGACCCUAUGACUACCAUAUCCAGCUUAUUAUAUGCUUAUAUAGCCUUAUUUGGUGCCGAAAAAUCCCCUCCAAUACAGACCACAGGUGUCCAUCACCCGAAAAAUGAUUUAAAAAGAAAACGUAGUUCUUCAAAUGAAGAAACCAGAGCGAAAAGGACCAAGUCUGCUAGUUACUAA